GAAUUUCUUGAUGGUGAUUUGUCUUCCUGGAUAAAUCGAGAACGUUUUCCCUCUUACUUCCAAAUUGAUAGCUUCAGUCUGUACCAGAUGGGAGAACUAAGUAAACUUGUGGCACUGGCAGUAGUAGAUGAGAAGAAUCCAUCUGAAGAAAGCGUUCGUUACAAAACUCUGAUGGAAACUCUGUCAACUGAAUACAGAGAUCAUUACAAAAGUGAUUACCAGUUUGGUUUUAUGGAUGGUAAUGAAUAUAUCAAUGGUUUAAUUAUGGGAGAAGUUGAGAUGCCCUCCAUCAUUGUGUUAAAUAUGACCAUUGAUGGAUACUGUCUACCAGAAAGUAAGAUCGAGACCAUUGAGGAUUUACUUCGCUUCUUAAACAGUGUUCUGGAUGGCAGUGCAAAGCUACUAGGGGGAAAUGGAUUUUUGCAGCACGCUAAGAGAUCUCUCUAUAAAGCUAAGUCUACUGUGGUGUCGAUGUUCCAGGCAGCUCCAUUCUUCUCCUGUUUUGUGUUUGGACUACCAGUGGGUAUAGCUGUGCUGGUUAUAUGGGCUACAUGUACUGCUGUACCAGCGGAUGAUGAGAAACCCGUGGAAGGAGCUACAGCAAGUCCUGUUUUGGAUGCACAUGGGAAGAAGGCAAUAGAAUUGCAGCCUGACAGUACAGAAAAAACCUCAGAAGCAAAGAAAGAAGAUUAACAUGGACUGUUGACAUAGUAUCAUGUUAAUCUUUACCAUGUCAUCACAUGUAUUACUGUUUUCCCCCUUUUUAUAAAUCAUCUUCCCAGUGUACAGUAUAUUGUGGUUGGUUUAUUUAUCA